AUGCUGGGGCUCGCUUAUGGUUCAUCAGUACCUCCAGUUUGCAUCAUAGUUCAUGAAAGAGUCCCUCCAACUUGGCCUCAUUUUAUCCGCUGCUUCGCCGGGCAUCCACGUGGCGUCCACUCCUCCCUCGGCCACUCUAUUCUGGUGAUCGCCUGCACGUGGGUCGCGACCAGCCGGUGGGGGGAACGGGUUUCUGCGUGGUCCUGUCGGCAGGAGAGACUAGGGACGGGAGGUCAGUCAUCUCCCCCACUAGGCCGCAACCGUUCCACACUGUUUUUGACCGUCGGCAUUCCACAUCGGAACACUCCAGCCGUCGUUUGCG